AUGAACCCGAUGUCUGACCCAGAGGGGAUCCUGCAAACAUUAUCCUUGGACACAUACCAUACCUUCAUUCGUGACUAUCAAUACCCCACAAACCUCCCCUAUACCCAGAGAAUCAAGAAACUGCCCAUCGAUGCGGCUGAAUGGGAAAGCUAUUUCGACGAGAGUGGGCAGAUUCUCAAGUCGCGAAACUAUGUGGCUUCCCAAAUUUUGGAGAAGGGGUUGGAUCUUUCUGUGAGAUCAGAAGCUUGGAAAUUCCUCACCGGCUACUAUCCCUGGAAGAGUUCCUACGAUGAGAGGCUCACCACCGACAGCAUGAGACGAAAAAGCUAUGAGUCCCUGUGCACCAUGUACUCCAAGAUCGAACCGCUGCUGGAGACGGAGCAUCGAGACUUCACGGAAGUCCAGAACGUUAUACAGUCUGACGUCCAACGGCUUUACAUCAAAGAUGCCCAGGGAAACCCCUUGGUUGAUAAGAAGCAACUGGAGAAGAUUCUCCUGCUGAAUUAUGUCUGCAACGUGAAUGCUGAAUACCAACAAGGUUUCCAUGAAAUGCUCCUUCUCUUCAGGCUGCUUGUUGAAGAGGAGCACGAGAUCUAUUGGCUGUUCCAGUUUUUCCUACAAAAAACGGAGAACAGCUGCAUCAUCAAUGUUGGGGUGCAGAAGAAUCUGGUCAUGCUGAACGCCCUGAUUACAUUCAUGGACCCAACCUUUGCAAAACACCUGGAAUCUAAAGGCCAAGUGGUGUCGUCAUUGUUUCCCUGGUUCUGUCUCUUCUUCCAGCGUGUCUUCAAGUCCUUUGAGGAUGUCUGGAGACUGUGGGAGGUCUUUCUCACAGGACAUCCCUGUAGAAACUUCCAGGUGAUUAUCGCUUACACAAUGCUGCAGAUGGUGAGAGACCAAAUCCUCAGAGAAGACAUGGAAGGAGAUGACAUUUUAAUGCUGUGCCACAGCAUCGUAGACCUUGAUGCUGAUGACCUGAUCGCCAGAGCCUGUAACAUAUAUGAACUCUUCCUGAAACAUGAAGGCAAGGUUCCAGAAGAUCUCAAGGAAUUUUUCAGCCAGCCUUCGCGAUAAAGUGGCCGGGCUAUAAAUCAAGAGGCUGCUGUAGCCAAAGCAGCCCCAAGCACUUACAGAAUAGAUAGAAUUGGAAGGCAGAAGCAUCGUAAAUACUGUUCACCCAAGACUGGGUUCACCAAAUUAGAUUAUCUGAGGUUAGGGCGAAGGCCUUAUCCGUCCUGCA